CGGCCCCGGCCUCCCCAGCCCUGCUGGCCCUCCCGCGGGCGAAGCGGCACUCGGCACCGCGCGCGCCCGGACCAGCAGCCGCGAGCCGGCACCAUGGGCUGCGACGUCCGCGUGUCAGGGCUGCUCCGCCGCAACCUGCAGCCCACGCUCACCUACUGGAGCGUCUUCUUCAGCUUCGGCCUGUGCAUCGCCUUCCUGGGGCCCACGCUGCUGGACCUGCGCUGCCAGACGCACAGCUCGCUGCCCCAGAUCUCCUGGGUCUUCUUCUCGCAGCAGCUCUGCCUCCUGCUGGGCAGCGCCCUCGGGGGCGUCUUCAAGAGGACCCUGGCCCAGUCAUUAUGGGCCCUCUUCACCUCUUCUCUGGCCAUCUCCCUGGUGUUCGCCGCCAUCCCCUUCUGCCGAGACGUGAAGGUGCUGGCCUCAGUCAUGGCGCUGGCGGGCCUGGCCAUGGGCUGCAUCGACACCGUGGCCAACAUGCAGCUGGUGAGGAUCUACCAGAAGGACUCGGCGGUCUUCCUCCAGGUUCUCCAUUUCUUUGUGGGCUUUGGUGCACUGCUGAGCCCCCUUAUCGCUGACCCCUUUCUGUCUGAGGCUAGCUGCUUGCCCACCAACAGAACAGCCAACGCCACCUCUGGCAGCCACCUGCUCCAUGCCUCCAGGGUCCUGGCCCACCACCAUACUGGGGCCCAGCGUUGGUCCAACCAGACGCUCCCUGGGCUGACCCCACAGGACGGGGCAGGAGCCCGCGUGUCCUACGCCUUCUGGAUCAUGGCCCUGAUCAAUCUCCCGGUGCCCAUGGCUGUGCUGUAUCUGCUGUCCAAAGAGCGGCUGCUGACCUGCUGCCCUCAGAGGAGACCCCUACUCCUGUCUGCAGAUGAGCUCACCCUGGAGACGCAGCCUCCUGAGAAGGAAGACACUUCCUCGCUGCCCCCUAAGUUUCACCCAGGGCAUGAGGACCUGUUCAGCUGCUGCCAGAGGAAGAACUUCAAAGGAGUCCCUUCUUCUUUCUUCGCCAUCCACAUCACAGCCGCCCUGGUCCUGUUCAUGACCGACGGCUUGACGGGGGCAUACUCCGCCUUUGUGUACAGCUAUGCAGUAGAGAAACCGCUGUCUGUGGGACACAAGGUGGCCGGUUACCUCCCCAGCCUCUUCUGGGGCUUCAUCACUCUGGGUCGGCUCAUCUCCAUUCCCAUCUCCUCAAGAGUGAAGCCAGCUACCAUGGUUUUCGUCAAUGUGGUCGGCGUGGUGGUGACGUUCCUGGUGCUUCUUGUUUUCUCCUACAACGUCGUCUUCCUGUUCGUGGGGACAGCCAGUCUGGGCCUGUUUCUCAGCAGCACCUUUCCCAGCAUGCUGGCCUACACUGAGGACAUCCUGCAGUACAGAGGCUGUGCGACCACAGUGCUGGUAACAGGGGCAGGCGUUGGUGAGAUGGCCCUCCAGAUGCUGGUUGGUUCGAUAUUCCAGGCUCAGGGCAGCUAUAGUUUCCUGGUCUGUGGCGUGAUCUUUGGUGGCUUGGCUUUUACCUUCUAUAUCUUGCUCCUGUUUUUCCACAGGAUGCACCCUGGACUCUCAUCAGUUCCUACCCAGGACAAAGCACUUGGAAUGGAAAGCCUGGAGUGCUACCAGAGGUAAAACUAGAUGAAGGAGGCUGGCGAAGACUUCUGGCCUCUUGAGCACCAGCUCAGGUCAAAGGGCUGAAGAAAGCUGGGGUGGCAGCGGAGGCAACCUCUCGACGCCUUGGUUCCGAUCUUCACUAAUACUUGGUUGGGUAGAAGAAAUUAAAUUGAGUUCUGGUACCUGGGUCCUCCCUGGGCAAAUCAUUAGAUGUUUACCUGGCUAUUCAAGUUACUCUCCUCUUCCCUGGCUCAGACUUUUGGUAAGAGCGGGCUAGGAUCCCAGCUGGGAAGGAAGAAGACAGCUAGAUGCUUCACUCCACUGGCCGCCUCCUUCAUGGACCACAUGCUGGGUUUGAAGAUCACUCUUGGUUGAAGUUUGAAAAAAUAAGUUGAAAUUAUAAAGAGCGAUGAUCAUUGCUAUAUGUAGAUAGACUUUAAAUUAAUCAAAACAAACCCCAAGUUAUUCCCUGGCAUGCUCAAAGUAUUUAUGUGCUUUUACUUAUUAUAGUCCAAAGGCCCUCCAAUUCCUGCUGCUGCUGUCAGUAGUUCAUCUGUAAUGUAAAACAUCGAAAGGAAAAGUUGAAUCUUGCUACCUUUGGGGCACUUCAGUGGUAUGCUGGGCUAGCUCAUACCAGCUUAUAAAAGCCAAUUGUUAAGUUUUCAUUUUGAGAGCUGGUUGUUAAACCCAGCCAUUACUUAAAAUUAAAUUAGAGAAACUUA